AUGGCCAUACUCAAGUCGAUAUUCCUCCUCACUUUCGCGGCCGCGAGUGCACUGGCACAAACUCAGCCCGCUCCCGGAGGCUGUACCACCAACUCCUUCACCAUCCCAAGUUGGUUCGUCCACAAUUUCACCGCCAAUCUUGCCCAACACCAUGCGCAUUACACCCUCGUGAACAGAGCAACCAACUACACUCUAGACAUAAGCUGUCAAGCAGAAGAUGGCACUUGCCUUGCCUCCGGCCCGCAAUAUGGAUUGACAUUUGCUGGGGCAGUCGAGCUCAAAGCAACUACCGCUAUCGUCCACGUAGAUGAAUGGUGGUACUGCAAUGACAGAACGACUACGAAAGCGUAUCAGUCCGUACGUCAAGCAUACGACGGAUUGCAUUUCAGGGCAUCUGGCAACGCAUCUAUUCCUCUCGUUUGUGACGGCGAUGGGUGCAAGACAUCCAACCCUGUUGACUUGGUAAAGGGCUCGCUUUCAGAACCUGUUGCGAUCACGCCCGCAUACGCCGAAGGACCGCCGGGGCACAAGAACCCAGGCUGUGGUACCCUUUCCAAGACGCCAAAGUGGACACUGGGAACUAUCAUCUUCAUCAACGAGACUGGGGACGGGCCGUCUGCCAUCCAGUCUCAGUCGAUCCAGUUCCAAGUCACCAAUGAAGCCACUGGACAUGUAGUCGGUUGCCUGAACUACUUUUUGGCUGGCCCAGGAGAGGAUCCGCGUCUCCAGAUCAACUGCGGCGGGGGCACAGAUCGUAAGAGUCGGUAUAAUAUCAGAACUGACGCCGUGUUUUAUCCGAGAAGCUGGAAGUUUGAGAUCAACGAGACGUGGUACUGCGACGAUGUUGAUUCUGCAAAGCCAGUGAGCAUCACAGGCACAGGAAGCACCACUCUCCCUCUGAACUGCAGCACCGAGUCGACCACCACAUACUGCCAAGCCGACAGAGUUUCGGUCCAAGGUCAGGCCCUUUCAGAAACUGCCCUAGCCCCUUACUCCAUCGAAGAUCACAUCCCGACCGUAGACGGUUGCACCAUCUCUUCCGUCGUCUCUCCCUCAGGGGUCCUUGGCAACUUUGAGCUCGACAAGAGCACCGGUGACGACGUGAGCUCGGCAGCCAUCAGCUUCAACGUGCGUCUCAACACCCAGAACAGCCUCUUUGAUUUCCCGGUGUUCGUCUACCAUGACGACGUCAAACUGGGUGACGCCGAGACCUGGUAUCCUGGUUCAUUUGGCGCUGGCGAACAGCCUCUUGCGCCCAAGACUUGCUCGUUCCGAUAUGAUGACAAGACUCAGGAGAUUGCGAUCAAGACGGAUUGGGUUUGUAUCGACAUUGAUCCUGAGCAUCCGGUCCAAUUCAGCGGCGUCGCGACCACCAAGCUGCCCCAGCUGGAGUGUGAACAGACAGACUACGGGCUGGCGCGGUGCGUAUCUGCUCAGGGUUACACGUGGAGUUCGCCCGUCUCAAACGUGACAUGGAAAUCGUUGGAAGCAGGCUCGGUGUAUCGGGCUAGUGAUUGGCCAAUUCCUGGUCGUCGAAGUGGUGCCAACGCAGGAUGA